UGGGCACUGCUGGGUGGCACUGAUGGGCACAGGUGGGUGGCACUACUGGGCACAGGUAGGUGGCACUUCUGGGCACAGGUAGGGGGCACUACUGGGCACAGGUGGGCGCACUGCUGGGCACAGGUCGGUGCAUUGCUGGGAACAGGUGGGUGCAUUGCUGGGCACAAGUGGGCGGAAUUUGUGUGUGGCACUGCUGGGCACCGAUCAUCAGGGCACUGGUGAUCAGUGACCCUGAUGAUCGGUGCCGAUCCCCGCUCUGACAACUGCCGGUUUUCGGCAGUACUUUCCUCACGAUCUGACAGCGUGAGGAAAGUGCAGCCGAGAACCGGCAUUUGCAU